GAGUAAUGUUACCAGCGCCGCGAGUGUGAGGAGGCUGCGUAUCGAUCCCGCGCUCAGCCAUUGCGGUGCACCGGGCUGCACAGCGACCCAGCCAGCGCUGGGGCCGGGCGGGCGGCCGCGGGAGCGUCUCUGGGGCUCGGGGCCGAGCGAGGGCUGCGUGCCGACUCUGUCUGACACGGAAAAUCAGCAAAAAUGGGUAAAGGUGAUCCUAAGAAGCCGAGAGGUAAAAUGUCUUCAUACGCCUUCUUUGUGCAAACCUGUCGGGAGGAGCACAAGAAGAAACAUCCAGAUGCGUCAGUGAACUUCUCAGAGUUCUCAAAAAAAUGCUCAGAACGAUGGAAGACUAUGUCUUCUAAGGAGAAAGGGAAGUUUGAAGAUAUGGCAAAGGCUGACAAGCUUCGUUAUGAAAAAGAAAUGAAAAACUAUGUACCACCUAAGGGGGAAACAAAAAAGAAGUUCAAGGAUCCAAAUGCACCGAAGAGGCCUCCUUCGGCUUUUUUCUUGUUUUGCUCUGAGUUUCGUCCAAAAAUCAAAGGAGAACAUCCCGGUCUGUCCAUUGGAGAUGUCGCAAAGAAACUGGGAGAGAUGUGGAACAACACCGCUGCAGACGAUAAACAGCCUUAUGAGAAGAAGGCUGCUAAGCUGAAGGAGAAAUAUGAAAAGGAUAUCGCUGCAUACCGGGCCAAAGGGAAGGUUGAUGGAGGCAAGAAAGUAGUUGCCAAGGCUGAGAAGAGCAAGAAGAAGAAGGAAGAGGAGGAGGAUGAGGACGAAGAUGAAGAGGAUGAAGAUGAUGAAGAGGAGGAAGAAGAGGAGGAUGAAGAUGAUGAUGAUGAUGAAUAAGUCUCUUUUAGAGCAAUUUCUUUCUUGUCUAUAAAGCAUUUAACCCCCCUGUACACAACUCACUCCUUUUAAAGAAAAAAAAAAAUUGAAAUGUAAGGCUGUGUAAGAUUUGUUUUUAAACUGUACAGUGUCUCUUUUUUUGUAUAGUUAACACACUACCGAAUGUGUCUUUAGAUAGCCCUGUCCUUAGUGGUAUUUCAAUGGCCACUAACCUUGCCUGGUACAGUGUGGGGGUUGUAAAUUGGCAUGGGAGUUAUAAAGCAGGUUCUUGUUGGUGCACAGCACAAAUUUAGUUAUAUUUGGGGAUGUAGUUCAUUUCUCAUCUUCAGUUGUCUCUGAUGCAUCAUAAAAAUAAUUGUUGUUCUGUUAACUGAAUACCACUCUGUAAUUGCAAAAAGGAAGAAAAAAAAGUUGCAGCUGUUUUGUUGACAUUCUGAAUGCUUCUAAGUAAAUACAAUUUUUUUUAUUAGUAUUGUUGUCCUUUUAAUAGGUGCCCUUGAGAAUCAUACUUGUCCUUUUCUCUUUUUUUUUUCCUUUUUUUUUUUUCUUUUGAGGGGAACUCAUCUUUUGCUUUAUUGAAUGCCCGUAUGGGAUCACGGGAAUAUUACAGUUUUCAUCUUUCAUAUAACCAGCUGAUAAACAAAGCUUUGAUCUGCAUACCCUGCAUUAUCAUGAUAGGGUAAGAAAAGAAAUAUAUAGGCAUAUGAUGAAAAUCUUCCAUAACUGGAAACAACAAAAAUUCAAUCUCAGCAAACGGAUACUCGUUCAGAUUUUUGUGAAAUGUAAUAUUCUAUUGCGUUGCAUGAGUUUACCAGUCUUGGACAGUUGAGAAGUAUAGAGUUCAAUUUUACAGAAACUAAAUACUUUGGGGGGUGGGGAGGGAGGGAAUGUUAAAUUUUGUCCUAGAAGGACCCAUAGGAAGAGUGUAUGUCCAUCCGGUGUAGAGAAAUUUACACGUGUGACUCUGUUACCAUGUAAUGGAAGUUAUAUUUGUAAAUCUCUGAACACCUGGGAGUGAUGAGCGUACCUAAAAUGUGUAAAGUUAAAAGCAUGAAAUGACCAUAUUAUUUUUUGGUGACAGGUCUGGUGAUGGCCACGGGCUUUAUACCAUGAGACUCCUGGUAGCAAAGGGCCCACAAGAAAUGAUUUUUCUUUCUAAGAUUUCUAUAAAUGGUACCAUUAUUAUUUGUUAAAUCUAUGUAAAUUCAUAUUUGUAUUCUUGAAAUUCUAGUUUUAGCCCUUUAAACAAAGUUGUAUAUUGUCUCAAAUUGAAAAUGAGAUAAGAUGUAUUUUUCCUGUUAGGUUUUAUACCGCACUCUUGAUGUUUGCCCAUUUUUAAGUUAAAUAUAGUUGUAUGGAAAAGUACAUUUUAUUAAAUUUUGCAUUAAAAAGUUAAAUGUUUAUGGUAUACCAACAAUGUCUAAUUUGGUCAAAUACAGUUCUCUUCCAAAACCAAAGCUGAGGGGUUUUUUGCAUAUUUAGUAAAACUUCAAGUGCUGGCAGCUGUAACUAUUUUCACAUAUACCUGCUUACCAGUUUGGGGGACAAUUCGGCAAUUUUGUGGUUACAAAAUUAUGGUUCUCUUAAGUGCCAGUGUUUAAAAACAAACAAAAAAAAGCAUUCUUGUAAUUUUACACGCUUUUGUGAUGGAGUAUUGUUUUGUUAUACAAUUUUGACUUUCAGAUUCUUAUUUCAAUUUGCAUUUAUGUAUAACUUCAGGAGAAAUAUUGAACAUCUGAAAUCCUGGAUGAUACUAAUAAACUAAUAAUUGCAGAGGUUUUAAA